AUGUUUCGUCUGACAAACGCCCCAUCUGCAGCCCAGCUCACGACGACGGUCGACGGCGUCAACGGGCAGGCGAACGGGCGGGCGAACGGAAAGGAAGGCGACGACCAGCAGUGCCUCUACUUUGUCGGCAACUCGCUCGGCGCCCAGCCCAAGGCGGUGCGCCGGCACGUCGACGCCCAGCUCGAGACGUGGGCCUCGAUCGGCGUCAACGGCCACUUCACCGACAUGGGCAACUCGCCCCUGACCCAGUGGCAGGACCUCGCCGAGGACUGCGCUAAGAAGUCGGCCGACCUCGUCGGCGCCGCGCCGCACGAGAUUGUCGUCAUGAAUACGCUCACGGUGAACCUGCACCUCCUCAUGGCCAGCUUCUACAAGCCCGACGCGCGGCGGCACAAGAUCAUCCUCGAAUGGAAGCCCUUCCCGAGCGACCACUACGCCAUCGAGAGCCAAGUCGUCUGGCACGGCCUCGACCCCGAGAAGAGCAUGGUCAAGAUCGAGCCGGACGAGGAUUCCAUCAUCCCGACAGAAAAGAUCCUGCGCACCAUCGACGAGCACGCCGACGACACGGCCCUCCUGCUGCUGCCCGGCAUCCAGUACUACUCGGGCCAGCUCUUCGACAUGGCCACCAUCACCGCCCACGCCAAGGCGCGCGGCAUCGUCGUCGGCUGGGACCUCGCCCACGCCGCCGGCAACGUCGAGCUGCGGCUGCACGACUGGGACGUCGACUUCGCCUGCUGGUGCACCUACAAGUACAUCAACGCCGGGCCCGGCGCCAUCGCCGCCGCCUUCGUGCACGAGAAGCACGGCGCCGUCGAGUGGGCGCAGGGCGCCGAGCGCCCCUCGUACCGGCCCCGCCUCGCCGGCUGGUACGGCGGCGACAAGAGCGUGCGGUUCAACAUGGAGAACCUCUUUGUUCCCUCGGCCGGCGCCGCCGGCUACCAGGCCUCGAACCCGAGCGCCAUCGACCUCGCGAGCCUGUCGGGUGCCCUUUCCGUCUUCGCCAAGACGCGCAUGAAGGACCUCCGCAGCAAGGCGCUCGUCUUGACCGCCUACGCCGAGCAUCUCCUGCUGCGGAUGCGCGACGAAGCGUCCGGGCCGGAGCCGCUCUUCCGCAUCCUUACGCCCGCCGACCCCCUGCAGCGGGGCACCCAGCUGAGCGUGCUGCUGCGCGACGGCCUGCUCGACGCCGUCGCCGAGGCGCUCGAGGAGAACGGCGUGAUUUGCGACAAGCGCAAGCCGGGCGUCAUCCGUGUCGCGCCCGUGCCCCUGUACACGCGCUUCGAGGAUGUCUGGAUGUUCAUGCAGGUCUUGCGGGGGGCCCUGGGGCUGCAGCGAUAG